UCAACGAAGAAGCGGUGCCUUCCCUGGCACCAGGCUGCUUGACUUUUGCUCAUCCGAAGCAUGCCGAGCAGUGGCGCUUAUGGUAAAGUGUAAAUGUGUAUUUUGCAGCCUUCUAAGCUGUAGACUCCACACGCUUUGAAUGCGGAUUCUCCUUUGAGCAACUUGCAGCUGCAGUCCAUCUAAAGUGACAUUAUGGGGAUUUUGGAGAAGAUCUCUGAAAUAGAGAGAGAAAUUUCUCGGACGCAGAAAAACAAAGCCACUGAGUACCAUCUGGGCUUGCUGAAGGCCAAGUUAGCCAAAUACAGAUCGCAGCUGCUGGAGCCCUCCAAGUCGGCGGGGGCCAAAGGUGAAGGCUUCGAUGUUAUGAAAUCUGGAGAUGCGCGUGUUGCUCUGAUUGGUUUCCCCUCAGUGGGUAAGUCCACUUUCCUCAGCUUGAUGACAUCAACCGCCAGUGAAGCUGCCUCCUAUGAGUUCACCACCCUCACCUGCAUACCAGGGGUCAUUGAGUACAAAGGGGCCAAUAUCCAGUUGCUUGAUUUGCCAGGAAUCAUUGAGGGGGCUGCUCAAGGUAAGGGCAGGGGUCGUCAGGUCAUCGCUGUCGCCAGGACAGCAGACGUUGUCAUCAUGAUGCUGGAUGCUACCAAAGGGGACGUCCAGAGAGCACUUUUGGAAAAAGAGUUGGAGUCUGUAGGUAUAAGGCUGAACAGGGAAAAACCCAACAUAUACUUCAAGCAAAAGAAAGGCGGAGGCCUCUCCUACAACUCCACAGUACCUCUGACGCACUGCUCGGAGAAGCUAGUUCAGCUCAUCCUACAUGAAUAUAAAAUCUUUAAUGCAGAAGUCCUCUUCAGGGAGGACAGCACGCCCGACGAGUUCAUUGAUGUCAUUGUCGGGAACAGAGUUUACAUGCCUUGUCUAUAUGUGUACAAUAAGGUGGAUCAAAUCUCUAUCGAGGAGGUGGACCGCCUGGCUCACAGACCUCACAGUGUUGUCAUCAGUUGUGGCAUGAAGCUCAACCUGGAUUAUCUUCUAGAGACGCUCUGGGAAUACUUGUCUUUGAUUUGCAUUUUUACCAAGAAAAGAGGAGAGCGCCCCGAUUUCGGUGACGCCAUCAUCAUGAGACGAGGAGCAAGUGUAGAACACGUGUGCCAUCGCAUCCACAGAACCUUAGCAAGUCAGUUCAAGUAUGCUCUGGUUUGGGGCACCAGCACAAAGUACAGUCCUCAGAGGGUGGGCCUGACGCACAUCAUGGAGCACGAGGACGUCAUCCAGAUAGUCAAGAAGUGAAAAGGGCUUCAGUCAUUUGGGACAUUCUGCAAGAGCUGUCAGUUCAGUGGCAUUACAUUGGUUGGAAAUGUUGUACCUAUAACCCAUGUGCAACAGAAGUGCACCAACAAAUCUCUUUAUAUUACUUUUAACAGCCCUCCCCUACCAAAAAAAAGGAAUCAAGGAAUAAUUCAUUUACAAAGCGAAUAAUGAUGAAAAAAAGAAUAAAGUCCACAUAACGUUAA